UUCAUUUUAAACAGAAAAAGAAAAAAAGUGUACCAAGAAGUCUGAGUUUUUGAGCACACAAAAGAAGAUCUCUAGCGGGAUUUGUAAAUUCAGUUUUACAGAAGAAAAAUUGUCUGCCAUGGUUACCUCCCUCUCUACUUCUGACGUAGCCACUACAUUCAAUCCAACUUAUCAGAACAACCCAACAAAUUACUCCGCAGGAGCUUCAUUAUACUAUGAGGAGGACAAUGGCCCGAAAGAUCAGUGGCAGUGCACGAACUGUACGUUUCUAAACAAACCAAACAGGACCUCUUGUAAUAUUUGUGGACUCAACAUACUCAAAGCGACGGAAGAUAAAACUUCUACCAUCAUAUACCCACUCUCUGUUUGUAAAGAAAACACGCCGACUCCUCCUGUUAAUCAAACUACUGGAUGUUCAUUUGAUCACGGGCUCGAUGCAACAUUCGAAGACGGAAGCUUUUUAAGACAGGAAUUACGGAUAAUACUUGUUGGGAAAACCGGAUCGGGGAAGAGUGCCACAGGAAAUACAAUUUUGGGCAAAAGAAUGUUUGUAUCUGAUGUAUCCAAUUCAAGCGUUACAAAUAGUUGUAGGAAAGGGUCAGCCCGAAGGUUUGGCGACGAUAUACUAGUCGUAGACACGCCUGGUCUUUUUGACACAGGAAUGACAAAUGAUGACAUAAUUAAAGAGAUUUUGAAAUGCGUAGGGAUGAGCGCUCCAGGACCCCAUGCUAUCCUUCUUGUCAUUGGGAUUGGGCGUUUUACCAAGGAAGAAAGAGAAACAAUUAAAUUGUUAAAAAAAGCCUUCGGCCCGAACAUGAUGGGAUACUUGAUCAUUGUUUUCACAAGAAAAGACGACCUGGACCGUGGGCGAAAAUCUAUAGAAGACAUAUUAAAGGAGGCUCCACAACCUUUACAAGAAAUAAUAAGGGGUUGUCAAGAUCGAUUUUUUGCCAUAGAUAACACAGAAAAGGAGACUGAAAAGUUAGAAAAACAGGUAGAUGAUCUACUGAGAAUGAUAAAAGAAAUGGUGAAGAAAAAUGGAGGAGAAUACUACACAAGUGCUAUAUUUAAUAAGUUUGAGUCGUCCAUUAGGAAACGUGAAAGGAAACUGAAAGCUAUGUAUGAGGAAAGGAUGGAGGAGAUUUCAAUUCUUAAGAAGAGGGAGGAAGAAUUGGUCGUCAAACUAGCCCGGAUGGAAAAUCAACUGAACGAGCAUACCACAGACAAUGUGAGAAGACACGACUCUUUGCAGAUGCCAAUGGAUCAUUCAUCAAUCGCAGUUAAUCCCCGCAUUUCUGACGGAGAAGAGUACUGGAAAUUAAUACCACCAGGAAUUCUAGUGACCAGAAAAAUUCUAAAAGAAGUCAGACAGGAAAUGGAUGAAAAAAUGACGAAGGACGGUUUCGGAAGUAUGUAUCCCCAUGGUUCGGAUAGCAAAAGACUUCACCGACACAUCAGAGAAAGAGUUCGAAGUGAGAUUGAAAGUGGAGAUAAUAUACUUGAAAAAGUAAUGAAAAAAAUAUAUAAAGCAGGAUUAGGAUUAAUCAAUAAAUUGAAAUUUAGGAAAACCUGAGUCUGAAAAGAACAUGUAAUGAUCAUGAGUGGCCAAUGGAUGAUUAUUCGG